AUAAAGCAGAUCGCAUUGAUUACUCACGGUCAUACAUAAUCACUCUCCUAAUAGGUCUGGACAGGGAAUGAUCAUCGAUAUAUUUUCAUCUUGAUUGGCCGCCUAGGAUAGAAGUUGAUAGCUCCUGUGGUCGUUAUUUACAACUAUUGGAUUUGAUUUGAUUUGAUUCGAUCGUAUGACUGCGCUGGGAGCAAGUAACCGCCCUGCUAUGCCGGGUGAAGUUCCGUACACCUUUGCGCCGACGCUUCCCGCCAUGUCUGGCCUACCACAUCCCGGUGGGCUACCACUACCGCAUCUCAUGCGGAGACUCGAACCACGGGUUGACGCUUCAGAGGAGAAGUCCUUUUUCUCAGGGGUCCUCGCCCCGACUCCAAUGUACCAAGGAAUUUUCCGGCAACACCUAGCAACGGCACCACAACCAGUAUCCAACACAGCAUCAUCUCCGCUGGAAACGCCACCACCAGCACCACCGCAACCCCUUGCAGGUGGCAUCGCGAACUCUACAACAUCGUUUCUUGUUAAGGAUAUUCUGUCCAGUAGGGCACCAAUCCACAAACCCAUUCCCCGCCACCCGGCCUCUUGUACGACGUGCAACUGCCUCCGUCAACAAAAGGACCAACUAACACUCAACAGUUCUCCCAACGGUAACAACAACAAUAAUAACAACAAUAACCAAACUUCACAGCAGCAAGAACACUCGCAUCACUACCAUCAUCAUCACCAUCAUCCUCACGGUGAUCGUUCGUCUUCGUCACCACCACAUCCAUCUCUCCCUCCGCCAUCGAUUUCCUCAUCAUCAUCGACAUCAUCGUCGCAAUCGCAUAAUCACGUUUCCUCAUCAUCGAGCACGCAGUCGCACCAUCAGCUCCCCUUACCUCUGACAUCGUCAUUUCACCCCGCCCAUCAUCAUACCCCUCAUCGUCUUCCUCUCCAUCAUGGCGGUCAUCAUCGACAUCAGAUACCAAGCCCCGGCAGCUCGCCGGGGGCAAACAGCCACCACCAGCCUCCGCAACCAGCAUCAGCUUCCAGCCUCUUGAAAUUCGGCGUAAAUUCUUUGCUGUCCCCUCAUAGUCUGUCACCACAUGUUAGUCCAGUAUGCACAUCUAGCAUCGGACACAGUGCUUUCAGCGACCUAAGGCCAGUGAUCGCAUCAUUAGGGACGCUCCAUAGAAGCUUUUAUGAAAACUCCCUUCAUCAAUCUCCAACAUCCGCUCCAAGAAAUCCAUUUCUUCAAGUGCCGCCAUCAUCUGUUAUUCCCGUACCGGGUACGUUCCCCUGGCCCGGUGCAGCCCGAGGGAAGCCCCGUCGCGGUAUGCUCAGGAGAGCUGUCUUCUCCGACGCUCAGAGAAAAGGGCUUGAAAAGCGUUUCCAGCAACAGAAGUACAUCAGUAAACCGGACAGAAAGAAACUGGCAGCAAAACUUGGUCUUAAGGAUUCACAGGUUAAAAUAUGGUUCCAGAACAGACGAAUGAAGUGGCGAAAUUCCAAAGAACGCGAGCUUCUAUCAGCAGGCGGAUCUCGAGAGUCCACCCUCCCUAAUCGAUCAAAUCCGAAUCCGGAUCUGAGUGACGUCGGACAAGCAUGCAACGCUAUGCUGAUGGACAAUCCGGAUUGCGAAUCGGAUAGCGAGAAGGAACUCAUGGAAACUCCGAGUCCGUGUGGAAGCCCCUCCCAUCCGCAGCAUCUUGCCCGGCCCACGCAUGCGCAAGAAGAGCUAUUGAUGCCGACUAUGCACGGACACUACCUUCACCAUACCGAAUACGGUGUCGAUGAUGAACGAAAGAUUCCGGAAUUUUCCGAAGUUGGAGAUUCCGAUAACGAAAUAGAUAUUGACUGAAGGCUUGAACUAUAAAAAAUAAAUCAGCUGAUAUAAACAAAAAGAUGUUUAAACAUGCAAUCUACUUUGCAAUAUUUGUAUUACGACAAGAAUAAUAUGAAUGAUUGCUCACUUCGGUUUAACGAACAACACCAUGGGACCAAAUUCACGAGAAUUUCGUAUUCAAAAUAAACAAAAUAUCCAGGCCUUGUAAAAUAAAUGUACAUAUGUAAAUAGAUUUAACUUAUUAAUAUUUCAUCACAAAACCACACUUUUCGUGGGACAAAAUCGGUGUUGCCAUUUUGAAUUCGUAAGUAACGGCAUUUUCAGCUGAUACACCAUUUAUAUAUUUGAAGUAAAAACUAUAUUUCGAUCAAAAUAUAGAAAUUCAUUUUUCUCCCUCUAUUCUCUCUUUAUUCACUCCCAAACCAGCGGUUUUCUUUUCAUACAUUAAUAGAUAUUUAUUAUUUAAAAUAUUAGUUAUUUAUUUCAGCGGGUAUCAACUCUGCAAUAUUGCAAUAUUCUUUUUGAAUUACUUUUUAAUUUGUUUAUCUAUAAUUUUCAUUUGAAGUAUUGUAAAUCAUUCACUCUCUCGUCUACAACUGCCGGUAUAAGUGGCUCCUACAACUCAAGCUAUACUCUGACUAAAACAAGUGUAGAAAAUUAAAAAAAAACUGCGACAAAAUCUCUGACGUCAGCAUAUUUGUCGUCCGACGACUGUCAUGUAGAACGUCCGCCGUGGAACCACUAUAAUUGUAAGAUGGUUGUGAGGAUUUGUUUUGUUUUAACAAUAAUAUUCACGCCUUGUCUUAAUUUUUCAUUUACUUUAGAUCAUGAUUUUGUUUGCAAUAUUAUUUUCACCUUGUUAUAUCAAUUGGACAUCGGGCAAAUGUGCAAAAACUUUGUGUAAUUUAUUUUCCUCAAAAAAGUUCGUAUAUCAGCUCAACGACUGCAUUUUCUUCUGAAAUACAGAAUGUAUGAUAAUUGUAAUAUAUGUAGAUAUUGUAUGAUGUAUAUUUUCUGCUCUGAAUGCUCGUGAAUCAAACAGCAAUAAUAAAAUGCAUCUAAAUUUG